CCAAAAGAGAGAGAGACAGAGAGAGAGACGGAUUUAUGAGCGAGACUGAAAUGUUUUUUUUGUGGUACUGGUGUAGAAAAGGGGGAAGUUGAAUGUGGUGAAAGAGAGGAAGGAAGAUUGGAAAUAGUGAACAGAAGUAGAGAAGAAAAACUUAUGUUAGAACGUAGAGGAGGGGUAUUUGUGUGUGUGUGUGCGUGCGUGAGAGUGAGGUAGGGAGGGGUGGGGAGGAAAGGGGGGGGUAGAGGUUGGUUUAGUACAUAGACCAGUGUAACAGAGCAGACAGAAGCAUUUCGGGAGUUGUAACCGAAGGUACAAGGUCGUUGAGAGCCAGUGUCAGUUUCUUACACGCGUCUGCAUAGCGAAAUCAUAGAAUAAGUUCGGUGCGCGCGAGACAGUGGCGGUGAAUCCUGUUCAUUAUUUAGACUUGUAACGAUAAGUAAAAGACAAGUGAACGUGCGUACUGGAAAACCCCCCUGCAAAGACCUCGCGUCUUAGUUGUUAUGGAAACACGACUGACGUUAACGUGAGAACGGUUCUUUAUAAACAUUUCAGAGCAGAAGAUUAUGAACUCAGUGAAUUCUUCAAGUGCGUUUUAGUCUCUUAUCGGUUCAUCUCAUGGCAGCAGUUACAACCUUAAGCGUUAUGACACUCGGACACCAGCAAAAGGCGAUGGCAAAUCUCGUUCAGCCAUCAUCCGCUUCGACGACGGGUGAUUCCGACCCCCAACACUUCCUCCCCUCACCUCUCCACCACCCUGGUACAGCAGCUAAGACCGUCCUAGUCCAACAGAAGAGAACUUCCACUCCUGCGUCCACGUCGAUGGCAGACAACGGCAGGACCAGCGUCGUGGUCAACAACACAGCUGAUACGUUGAGAUGUAAACGUCGGAUAAACUUCUCGCACAACACUCAUCUCACAUAUUCCGGUAUUCCAGGACAUCAGCCGGCGUCAGUGGCACGUCGCAAUGCUCGCGAGAGAAACAGGGUGAAACAGGUCAACAACGGAUUCGCCACCCUGAGAUCCCACAUCCCUCCUUCAGUAGCCGUCGCCUUGUCUUCAUCGACAGCGUCCAGCAGCGGUUCUGGAAGUCGCGGUGCGAGCAAGAAACUAAGCAAAGUCGAGACCCUGAGGAUGGCAGUCGAGUACAUCAGAAGUCUUCAGCAGCUGUUGGACGACCACGCUGCAGAAACAUCUUCAACGACUUCCUCAAUACCAGAAACAGGGUCUUCGACCUUGACGACGACUACAAGUGAGACGGGGUAUUAUUCCGGUAGUCCGGAAUCGACUGUAACGAUCCUUACAGCUACCACGACUUUACCAGUCGCGUCACAACAUUACGGUCAUCACACGUCUGGGAACACCCAUCCCCUUCUGAUCCAACAACAGGCACCUCUCACUGGUUCCUCGUUGUCACCGCCUUGUUCAGAAGCGUCUUCCUCGCCGACGCCAUCUUACGCGUCCGAAGGUUCAGGUUCUGCUGUGUCUUCGUACGCGCCGACGUCCUUGUACCAACAGGAAAACUACGAGAACUACGAACCGAUGAGUCCGGAGGAUGAAGAACUCUUGGACGUUAUCUCUUGGUGGCAACAAAGCCAGUGACGGUUACUCACAUCCCUUGAUUCUGGAACCAGCCUGCCGAGACGAGACAUCAAUCUGGCAGACGUUGAAGAAUGGUCGAGGAAAGGAAAACCCAACGAAAAGAUAUUCGUCUUCCCGUCUUUGAACAAACAGCACAGAGCCACAAGAUGAAGUGAUAAUUGAAUGUGUCUGACAUUACUAACGCCUUGGCGGACUGAGUCAUGGACUUAGCCUUAGGAAGAGCUUAAUUCUUCGCUGUCUUUCAGAAUAGGCGUGCCUUAUAAAGAUGAGAAAUCUCUCAUCGGUUAUUAUGUUUCCAAGUUGAGACUAUGUUUAAUAAAAUAUAUAUUUUGACUGAUAUAUCGAAACUAGGUGAUAACUGUUACAAAUGUCUCUCGCGUAUUUUGAACCGUUGAUUUAUCUAGUCAGAUUUCAAGUAUAUUUUAUAGAAUAUUGUACAUUUGUAAAUAAUAUAAAAUGAUAUUAGUUGCAUUUAGAAAGUUGUAAUUAAUACUUGUUACGUAAUGUUUGCAGAAGAAAAAAAAAACACGAAACUGUCAGCGUAUUGUUUACAGUUCAAUUGUCGAAAUCCUCAAGGAAAAAAUUACAUAUUGCCAUAUAUCUCAGUAUUGUAUUUGAUUAAAUUAAUUAAGUAAUAUUUCACUAAUCAUCACGAGUAAUUUAAUGUUAUUGGAAUCACUUUGUCAAAUAACGUCUUUUGUUAAGAAUGUCUGAACCACCAGUGAAUAUAUUUAAUUUUGAUAAUUAUUUUGACAAAUUACUCUACAUCAUUUGUUUAAAAAAACUUGCAGAAUAUAUUUACAACUUCGUAAAAUUUAAAUACGUCGAUAAAGUACGUACUCAGGAAAGUGACGUGGUAUCUGUUCUUACUUAAGAGUGUACGAUUUAUCUUAGGUAUAGUAAUAAAACAUACACUCACCCUAUAAAAUAUGAUCUCUCUCUUCAAAGACAAUGAAAGUGUAAGUAGGUUUUGUUUUGAUAGGUAGAAGCUUUUUUUUUUUUACAGGUAACGAACAAAAACUAGGCAUGUACGUUUUGUGGAGAUAAAACGUAACACAUCACAUACAUUCCGAUAAUUAACAUUUUCUUGUAUAAUUUUAAGUUAAUCUUGUUGACUGUUUGGUCAUUUACGUAUUUUAUACAUCAUUUGUGAUUAUAUCAUAAGACGACGUGCCUUAAAAGAACUUGUACUCGGACGAAAUAUUUCUUAAAAAUUAUUCUCCAUGACGCAUUCCAAUGUUUGUUAUAAUGUUAUGUUUGUAAAUAUGUACUUUAUUAUGAUGAAAGGUAAUGUUCAAAAAAGUGAGGGCAAAUUUUAUAUUCCUGCUCAUUUUUAUAUGCCAUUUUUGAGAAUACAUAAUUUUUUUUGUAUUA